CUCCAAACUGCCAUCAAAGAGCUCUGCAGAAUAGAAUAAACAUCACGACUUUGAUCUGACCCGCUGCUCAGAGCUGGUAUCUUCAACAUAAUUCGGGAUGAUGUAUCCAGUGGAUCAUUUGGCCACUGUGGCUUCUGAAGACCUAGAGAAGUCAGCAAAAGACUACAUGUCUAAACUACUCUACAUAAAUCCUAAAGAGAAUGAGUACUUAAGCAUACCUGGAUCAGAGAAAAUAACGAUCGGCCUCUGUAAUGUGGUUUUUGUCCCGCUUUAUGGAGUAAACAGUAAAGAGAAGAUACUUGCAGUCUUUCCCCCUGAGUCUUUAAACGCUGUUGGGCUCUACUUGCUAAAUCAGUGGUGGUCAGCUGAAGAUAUUCUGAAAACAGCAGACUCCUCACGAACAGGACUGAUGGAGGUCAGAACCUUUAUAGAAAGGGUAGUUCUGUAUGUUCUGAACAGAAUUAUAUACAGGACGAAAGAGAAGGCUGAGGAUGAUCUUCCCUUUCUUUGUCACGGAGAAGAUGCAAUCGCCAAAAUCCUUUGGAAAAAUGGAGAAGCUAUUGGCUUUUACUCAGUCAAACCUAAAGGAAGAUUAUGUGAUGGCUUCUUGACUACCUGUUAUCAGCUUCCUGUCAUGGAUACCAUAUUCAUCCGAAAAUGUCACCGUCAAAAUGGAUAUGGUACUCAAAUGAUGGAGGACUUUGUUGCCAGCUUCAAACCAGAUUCCCUGGGCUUGAAAUAUCCACUUUCACCAGCCAUGAAAAAAGUUUGUAAAAAGUAUCUGAGCUGUCAUCCAGAAGACUCGAAGCUGCUGCUGGAAAUAGUGGGGGUAGGAAGCCCCUUUCAGAGAACUCCAAUAGCAAAGAAGCUACAUGAAAUAGACCUAAAAGGCAAUCACCAAAUUGUGGGGAAGUUGAAUUUUGAUAUAGAAGACAAUGACUCCAGGGUGAAAGUUGGUAUUAUUAAAGUAUUGGAGACUGUGGAAUACACGAAAGAUGUAAACGAGGGUCAGCAAAUCAAAAUAAAAGAGGUGAAGGACACAACAGUUACAAGCCGACAAAACAUUAAGCCUGUUGUUCAGGAUGCAGGAGAUGACUCUGUGCAUGAAUAUGACAAACUUAAUUUGAAUUUACAAGAGCUUGAACUCAAGAACACAAUGGAGACAGUGACACAUGAUGUAACUGCAAUAUCAGCGAUUACUCCUUUUGGCUGUGAGGAACAAACCAGAUUGACUUCUGAACCUACCUGUCAGUCAGAAACAGAAGAAGAACAAGUGGUAGAAAUGACUCCUGUUAAGGAAAUCCAAAGCUCAAAGGGCAAUGAGGAUGAAGAAAUCAUGAAGACAUCUGAAGCCCCAAUUACUACAGUUCCUCGCCAACCAAAAAAUUCUCAGCACAUGGAAGAGGUGGAAAUUGUUAAGAUGUCAUCAGAAACUGAAAAUUCUAAAGAAAGAGCUGGAGAGGUCAAAGACAUUGAAGAUGAUCUGGAAAAGGAGUUGCUGCCAGUUGGUAGGAAAACCUUUAAGUUUCAAAAGGAGGUGAAAAAUACAAAGCCUGACAGAGACACACCAGAUGAGGAAAUAAAAAAUACAGAUAUUAUUGAGUCAAGUGAAGAUGAACUGUUUGAAGAGCAAGAAGAUGAAACAAACUUUGUAACUCCAUUAAGAUGCUCUAGUAGACUAAAUCAUCAGGAUGUAGGAAUUGAAAUAACAAAUUCAGUUCACAAGAGUUCUACAAAAGCAUCUAAAGCAGUGAGAACACAAGAAGUGAAAACUAAGCAAGCAUCAGAGCAUUCUGAAAUCGACCAGGUGGAGGAAGUUGUAGAAAUGCACACUGGAACUGCAGUGGAAGAAGGAAUUGAGUCAGUAAUCAUCACUACUGAAAAUUUUACCAGUGCAAACUUGAUUUCUACUUUAAAUAAUGAUGUUGAGGAUGAGGGAAAUGUGGAUAAGGAGCAAUUGGAAGAAACGAUAACUGAUAACCAGAACAUCAUUGGAAUGGAAAACAAAAUAAAAGAUAGUUCACAUUCCAAAAUAAAGACACAUCAUGCUGAAAUAGAGGUUGAAGAGCAGGAGAAGAAACCAGUCUCAGCAAAUGCCUUCCAUACCAGUAAAGAAACCACAUCAGUUUUGAAACUGCCAAAAGUUCCACUGAUGUAUGCCGAUGCUAAUAAAGAAGCUCAAGAAACCUCAGUGUCUCAAAAGGACGUAGAUCUUGAACUUCAUAUGUCAGACAGUACUCAACACAGAAAUAAGGGCAAAGAAUUUGAAGUUGAACCCAGUGAAAAAGAGCAAGAUAUAGACAGAAUGACAGAAACUGAACAUGGAAAAAUAGUAGAAAUAAUAAAAGGGAGGGUGGAGAUUACAGAAGCAGAUCUGAAUACAGAUGGAGAGGACACAGCUGAGAAAGAGAGUGCUGUAGUAAUUGGUAAUUUGGAAGAGGAGACAACUGAUGCCAAUAAGAACAGGGACAAUGUAAUCAAGGCCACAUCUAUGGUAGGACUAAAUAACGUUGCUGUUGUGCUUGUGGAUUUUCAAAGACAAACUGGUAGAAAUGAGAUAGAAGGAAAUGAACCCUUGCAAUCGCAGGACGUAGUAUUGCUAACCAAGGCAAAUGAAGAGGAAGGAUUGGUUGAGCUGGAUAUAACAGGACACGUAACAGAAAAAAUACAACAUGAAGCAGCAGUGGAACUGGGUACGAAUAGCACACUUAUUACAAAUGCUGAACAAGACAGAGAAGUAGAAGACUCCACUUUAAAAGAAAAAUCUACUUUAUCAAGAUUGGAUAAAAAUAAAUCUCUGAAAGAUUUUGCAGAAGGUAUAACACCUGCCCAAUGUGACAGAGUCCAGGACAGCAAUCAGGAUGAAGAUAUUUCAGUUUACACAAGCAGAAAUCCCAGCCCUAGAGCUUUACCAGUGAAUUCUACACCAAAAAGAAAGUUGACACGUCCCCAAAAUAUAGACAAAGAAACAAAGCUUAAUGAAAACACAAAUGAAGAAGUCGAACCUGUAUUCAUUAAACAUCUCAGGACGAGAACAGUAACGGUAACACCGAGGAAAAGACCUAAACAUGUCACAGGCACACAAGCAGCUGAGCCGCAGACUGAGGGACAUAUGACGAAAGUUAGUAAUGAAAUUGUAACAGUGCAAAGUGCUGAAGAGGUCAAGACUGCUGUGGAGGAGACGCAUGAGACCAAUCCAGAAUGUGAUGUUGAGCAGGUACCUGCUGUCUCUGAAUCAGUGGGAAGAGCCCAGCUGCAAGAUACAAAUAUAUCUGAAAAUGAUGCAGAAGAGGCGCCUGAUGGAGGCAGAGAUAUGGUAGAACAAACUGUUGAUGAUAAGGUGGUAGAAAUAACAGACAGGGAAAUUGUUAUAGAAGGUGAUCAACACAUGAGAACCAUGGAGAAAGAAGAACCUGAUGAGUUUAACCAAGAACACAUAAAAAGUGCAGGUUCUCAACAGAAAAGUGACCAACAGAAAAUUUCUCUGGAGGAUGAAGCAUUGUGUGAGAAAUCAUUUGAAGGAGAGCCUAGUAAAAGAGAAAAAGGAAAACACAGUAAAGGAGAAAAGGAUAGUACUGUGAACAUAUCGAUUUCAGAAGCAGAUCAUGAUCAGUCAGAAGAGGAUGUAGGUGUUGAGAAACGGACCCUGAGAAAACGAACAAUAACUAUAAAAGACAACUCUGGAAGGAAAUCCAAGCGACUCCGUCAACAUCAAGAUCAGGGUGAAAAUGAUUCACCGGUAAGGGCAAAAGAAAUGGACAUGACUGAUGUGACAUCACCUGCAGAAAACAAAACAACUGAUCAAGGAAAAGGUCAAGAAAUAGAAGAUACCAAUUCUAUAGGUGGAGAAAUGACCCAAAAAGAUGAGGACCAGCAAAAAAUAUCAGGGGAAAAAACUUAUGGAAAUGAAAAUAACAGCCAUGAAAACACAGUGACAAAAGAUGUGCAGUUGAACGAGUUUGCAAAUGUGUCAGAAGAUGAUAUAGUAGUAACAGAAGAAGAAGGAAGGAAUAAGGAGAAGAGGGAAAUUGAGCCGAUUACAGAAAAAAUAAUGAAGUCUGAAAACAAUACAGGUAAAUUUGAUCCUGUAGAUGAUGAACCUCUUCAAUUUGAAAAUACUCAAGAAGAGCCAGAGCAAAGUGAGGAGAAUGUUGAGAAAAUUACUGAAGCCAGCGUAACUGUAGGUGAUAAUUUCAUCUUGGAGCUGAAUGAGGAGAUUGAUGAUAAUGAUGAUAACACAGAGUGUAACAAAGUGGUUAAAAAGACCCACGAUUCAUUUCAGGAAAAAGAAAUCACAGAUGCAGACCAAGAGUCUGAAAUAAUGACAAAAUCGAUUACUCGAGGCAGGAAAUCCAAACCAGCUUCACCUGAACAAAGUUCAGCUAUGAGAAACAGAAGAGUGAUGCAAGAUAGUCAAAGUGAAAUGGAAGAUCAGGCAGAGAAGAUAAAAGAGAUCAUUGGAGAAGAGGAAAAGAAACCUCAACAAAAAAGAAAAUCCAAAGUUGAGGAAAAACCUCGCAGAUCUAAACGGCUUGCAAGAGGAGGAAUAGUAUAAUGAUAUAUGUUUUUAUUUUACAUUUUUUUUUCGCAAUGUUUUCCUUGUUUAACUAGAAUUAAAAAGAACAAAAUAUUUUUAAAUGUAACCGAUUAUUUUUAUUACAAUUUUUAUAAGCACAAUGUAGUCUGCAUUUUCUUACAUUGUUUUUUUCUUAUAUAAUUAAUUAACUGUUACUUACAAGCAAUAGCCUUUUGAUAUGUCUAAAUUUCUACUUUGUUAUGCACUUCUAUGGGAUCUUCAUAUUCUUUAUAUAAGAAUAUCUUUAUAUUCGUAUGAAAAGUUGUAUGUUAAGACACUAGAUAAAUAGUGUGGACCCUCAACUAACACUUUUUUAUGGUACUUACCUGUUAUCAAUUUAAUCAGUACUAUUUUUAUUGUUGGUGGGGUUUUUAUUUUAUUUUAUUUUAAAUAAAC